UGGCUCAUGCCAGUCUGGCCAUACCGAGUCCAAUUGAACUUGAAUCUAUAUCGGAUUCGGUUGUGUUGUGUCAGCUUCUGAUGCUACUCGUGCUGGCAUUGUUCUGGUUGAGCUACGCCUGGCCGCGCAGUCAAACGAUCUCUCACUGGCAGCGCAUGCAUUGAGACACAACAAGCAGACAAUUUGCAAAAUUAAACACACACAUAACACACACACACACACAUACACACACAUACACACUCACACGCAUGCACUGAUGUACUGACUGAAUGCCUCGCUGCCUAAAACAACCAACUAACUCACUGACUGAGAGACUAGAGCGCCACAAGAGAUAAGAGAAGUUAAGGAAGAAGCUAGCUAGAGCAGAAGACUCAACUCAACUGUACCAGAGGAAGCAGAAGAAGCUUUACUUAACUAAUUACUGCAACUGUAACUAAAACAUCAACUAAAACUUACUUUAUAAACAACAACCAAAAAAAAAAAUAUAAAACAAAACCAACCUUUUUAAUGCCACGCAACUAACUAAAGCAAACGAUAACAACAACAACAAGAUUUUUAACUAAGCAAUAAUACGCACCCACGACUAACAAUAACAACCUUCCAAACUUUGUGACUUUGCCACGCACCACAACAACAACAACAACAACAACAAGAAAAGCAACAACAACUUGCACCACCAUGAGUGUUUCAGCAAUGGAUAAAUUAACUAUACUGACGCCCCGCACCCGCACACCCCUGCUAACAAUUUGGCUGGCCAUUAACAUGGCGCUAAUCGUACAGGAGACGGGCCCCAAACGGAGCACCACAGUGCAAUCUGCAACUGGCGGCGGCAGCAUGUUGGGUGACGUAAACAUAUCCGCUAUACUCGACUCCUUUAGUGUUAGUUAUGACAAAAGAGUAAGACCCAAUUAUGGUGGACCUCCUGUCGAAGUCGGAGUCACCAUGUAUGUGCUAUCAAUCAGCUCGCUCUCAGAAGUGAAAAUGGACUUUACAUUGGAUUUUUACUUUCGUCAAUUUUGGACCGAUCCUCGUUUAGCGUAUAGAAAACGACCUGGUGUAGAAACACUAUCGGUUGGAUCAGAAUUCAUUAAGAAUAUUUGGGUACCUGACACCUUUUUUGUAAAUGAAAAACAAUCAUAUUUUCACAUUGCAACAACCAGUAAUGAAUUCAUUCGCGUGCAUCAUUCUGGAUCGAUAACAAGAAGUAUUAGAUUGACUAUCACCGCAUCGUGUCCCAUGAAUCUGCAGUAUUUCCCAAUGGACCGUCAACUGUGUCACAUUGAGAUCGAAAGCUUCGGCUACACGAUGCGUGACAUACGCUAUAAAUGGAACGAAGGCCCUAACUCGGUUGGUGUCUCGAGCGAGGUAUCGCUGCCCCAGUUUAAGGUCUUGGGUCAUCGUCAAAGGGCAAUGGAGAUCAGUCUUACCACAGGCAACUAUUCGCGCUUAGCCUGCGAAAUACAAUUCGUGCGUUCGAUGGGCUAUUAUCUUAUACAAAUCUACAUACCCUCUGGACUGAUCGUUAUUAUAUCAUGGGUAUCAUUUUGGCUCAAUCGCAAUGCAACGCCGGCGCGUGUGGCGCUCGGUGUGACAACCGUGUUGACAAUGACCACUUUGAUGUCGUCAACAAACGCAGCGCUGCCAAAGAUUUCGUACGUCAAAUCGAUUGACGUCUAUCUGGGAACAUGCUUCGUUAUGGUCUUUGCCAGUCUACUGGAAUACGCCACCGUCGGCUAUAUGGCAAAACGAAUUCAAAUGCGAAAACAAAGAUUUAUGGCGAUCCAAAAGAUAGCUGAGCAGAAAAAGCAACAGUUAGAUGGUGUGCAGCAGCAGGCCAAUCCGAAUCCGAAUGUCGGAGGCGGACCCGGUCCUGAGCAUGGACAUGGGCAUGGUCAUCAUGCCCACAGCCAUGGUCAUCCGCAUGCGCCCAAACAAACAGUGAGUAACCGCCCAAUCGGCUUUUCAAAUAUCCAACAAAACGUUGGUACGCGCGGUUGCUCGAUAGUGGGACCCUUGUUCCAGGAGGUGAGAUUCAAGGUCCACGACCCAAAGGCACACUCCAAGGGCGGCACAUUGGAGAAUACGGUGAAUGGCGGACGUGGCGGUCCCCAAUCGCAUGGACCCGGCCCAGCGCCCGGCGGCGCUGGUCCUGGCGGUGGCGGCGGCGGCGGUGGCGGUGGUGGCGGACCGCCAGAUGCUGGCGGUGAUCCGGAGGCGGCAGUCCCAGCACAUCUACUACAUCCGGGCAAAGUAAAAAAGGAUAUUAACAAACUGCUGGGCAUAACACCCUCGGAUAUUGACAAAUACUCGCGCAUUGUGUUUCCCGUGUGCUUUGUGUGCUUCAAUCUGAUGUACUGGAUUAUCUACCUGCACGUGAGCGAUGUCGUUGCCGACGAUCUUGUCCUGCUCGGGGAGGAAUAAAUGGCCACGCCCCCCAAGGAGGCGACGGCAACAAGUGACAACAGCGCACAAGAGAGUUAAACUGUGCAAGGCGCUGAAAAACAACAAAAAAAAACAACAAAAAAUUAAAGCAAAACAAAACAAAAAAAAAACAAAUGAUUAACCAAAAACUAAUUUUAACUAGCGAUAUGGAGAAAUGCAAAAGGCAACAUAUUAUUGUUAAAUACUAAAAAUAAAAUUUAAAAUAAUAAUAAAAAAAAACAAAUAAAGACACACAUAUUACGGACGAGAGUAAAGAAUAUUGUUAAAUAGAUUUACGCAAAAUAAAAAGUAAAUUAAAAAAAAAAACUAGCAUAAAUAAAGAAGAGGA